UCCUUCAGCUUGUGAAGAAGUGAGCAGGGGAGACAAUGGCGCAUCAAGCAGGCUUGUAUUCGGAAAUUUACAGCAGGUACAUGCCACAUCUCCUCAUGGUACUUGCUCAGGUUGGCUACACUUUUCUCUAUAUUAUUACAGAAGCUUGCUUUAAUCAUGGGAUGAAUCCUCAAGUCCACAUAACUUAUCGACUCAUUAUAGCCGGCAUCGUGAUGUUACCUUUUGCCUAUUUCCUUGAAAGAAAAACAAGACCAAAGCUGACAUUUGCCCUUUUCCUGGAGAUAUUUGUUAACUCCAUCCUGGGGGUGAGUUUGACUCUCAACAUGUAUUUUGCAAGCUUGAGAUACACCUCUCCUACUUUCCUUGCAGCAAUUGUCAACACUAUAGCUUCUUUGACUUUCGUAAUUGCGGUUGUGCUCAGAAUGGAGGUUGUUAAUCUUCGAAGUCCUCGAGGAAUAGCCAAAGUUCUUGGGACAUCUGUCUCCUUGGUCGGUGUAACAACGAUGACAUUGUACAAGGGUCCUGCCAUAAAAAAUUUAUGGCAUCCUCUAGUCCAUAUUCAAGGAAAAUCCGCCAUUCAUGAGAAUUGGUUGAAGGGUUCAAUUCUUACUGUUGCAAGCUGCAUGACUUGGUCUAUCUGGUACAUCAUGCAGGCAUUUACAUUGAAACGAUAUCCAGCACCACUGUCACUAACUACUUGGAUGAGCUUUGUUGGGGCUGCACAAUCAGCCAUCUUCACGGUCAUUGUGGAGCAUAAACCAGCUGCUUGGAUAAUUGGAUUCAAUAUCGACCUCUGUGCUACUGUAUAUGCUGGAGUGGUGUGCUCCGGUUUAAUAAUGUUCAUUCAACUCUGGUGCACGGAAGAGAAAGGGCCAGUCUUUGUGACUAUGUUCAAUCCCCUUUCAACCAUACUGGUGGCUAUUCUUGCAUACUUUGUCCUCGGUGAAAAGCUUUACACUGGCAGCAUUUUAGGGGGAGUAAUUGUCAUCGUUGGCCUGUAUUUACUGCUGUGGGGUAAAGAUCGUGAUCGGGAACCUCAAAUUGGAAGAGAAGGGGCAACCUGACUUGGUCCAUGACCACAAAAACAACUCGGAAGCACACAAAACCCUUUCAGCUGAAGGGUAAGGAUCGCAAUGCGAACCUUGAAGAGCAAAAGAGGAAUUCCAUGAUGUGAUCAUGUUAUAGAAAUUUGCAAAGCAUAUCUUUAUAACUUCUUCAUCCCAAAGCAUAAAAUUCAGAAAUUAUGAACACGCUAUUAAGUUCGUAUAACAGCAGUAAACUCCAAAGACAAGUAAUACAAAAGAAUUAACUGCUGCGGAACUACAAACUAUUAACCAUAGCGAGAUUCCAGCUAAAGCUAUGUGAGAGAGAGAGAGAU